CAUGCAGAAACCAGAAUAAGUGAUGCAAGAUUUUGCUAAUCUAUUGGAUAAAUGUAAUUCAAUUUCUAUAAAAUCUUAGAUAGAAAUGAUCCUGAAGCUUGGUCUUAAAUUUAUAAGGUUAUAAAUUAUAAGCCAACUUAAAACAUUCCUAAAGGAUAAUCGUUAGACCCAGAAAAAAUUCGAGAGUUCCUUAGAUUAGGUAAACCAGGAACUUAAGAAUUUGAUCCUUAUGAUGAUAUGAUUUACUUUGAUGAUAAUAAGGUCAAAGAAAUAGUUUUAAGAUAAAACUUUUUGAUUGCAAAAGGUUAAUUGUGAUUAUAUAAUUAUUUAGGAUACUUUGAUCCAAAGGCAUACUUUCCAUCAAUUAAUUUAAGUAGUUUAGAUGAUACAUCAUUUGAUGAGAAAAUCAAAGGUAUAAUGAUUUAUAAUAAUAAUUAAGAAAUGCUUAAAAUACCAGAUUAAGGUGAUAAGAAAAUUUGAA